AUGACCAAGCGCACCGUCCGGCUCGCGCUGCUCCUGUGCGACACUCCGGCGGACUACGGCACUUACGAGGACAUUUACCGCGACUGGCUCCUGAAGGCGCAGGCCGCGAGCCCCGAUGAGCAGAUCAAGAAUGCAGAGCUCGUCCUCGACGCCUACAACGUUGUCGACAAAAAGGAGUACCCGCCAGCUGGGAGGCUUGACCCGGGACACCCCGAGGCGUACGACGCGAUUAUGAUGACGGGAUCGAAGCACACCAGCUUCGAUCCGCAGAGCAGCUUUGCGCCUGGGCUGAUCGAGUUCAUCCGUGACGUUGCGACGCACCACCAGCACAUCCCUAUUCUCGCCGUCUGCUUCGGGCACCAGAUUGCUGCGCUCGCGCUCGGCGGCGAGUGCGUCAGGGGCUCAAACGGAUGGGAGAUCGGCGUGUACAGCAACAAUUUCACGAAGGAGGGAAGGUACUGGUGGAGCGACUACGUCGUCGAAGAUGGCGCGGACAAGAUCUACGUUGAGCAGAUGCACAAAGACCACGUCCCGUCCGUGCCGCCCGGGUGCCAGCUGCUGCUCACGUCGGAGCGGUACCCGGUGCACUCCUUCGUCAAGCUGCACCCGGCGAGCACGCCCGAGAAGCCGCUCGCGCAGGUUCUCACGAUCCAGGGCCACCCAGAGUUCACGCCCGGAAUCGUGCAGCGUAUGGUGAACGCGCGCGCUGAGCAGGGCAUCUUUGACGGCCCGACGACAGCCGAGGCCAACCGCCGCCUUGGGGGCAAGGACGGCCAUGGUGCCGAGGGUUACGGCCGUCUCGGCUGGGCCAUGUGGAAGGUCAUGCUGCAAGAUCUCCCCAAAAGUGCAGCAUCCCAGAAUGCAAAUGCGGCGAACAGCAACACCAACCCCCAGCCUGUCAACAAUGCCAACAGCAACAGCGCGAACGGCGCCGCCACGACCUCCGCUUAUAUCGCUGACCCGACCCGCUACGCCGCUAUUGACAAGCUCCUUGAUAACGAAGGGCCCUUCACGGCCGAGUUCCAGGGCGCUGAUGCCGCAAAGGACUUCCUCCGCAACCAGUGCAAGGUGCUCGUCAUCGGCGCGGGCGGCCUCGGCUGCGAGAUCCUCCAGAACCUUGCUCUCAACUUUGUCACGCGCCGCGUGCCUGGCAUCAAGGUGACAGCGCACCACAACAAGAUCCAGGACAAGCCGCUGUCGUUCUACAAGGGCUUCAAUAUCAUCAUCGCGGGCCUGGACUCGAUCUCGGCGCGCCGGUGGAUCAAUGCUACACUCGUCAACAUGGUCGACGAGGAAGACCCUGAGAGUCUCAAGCCGCUCAUCGACGGCGGUACUGAGGGCUUCAAGGGCCAGGCGCGUGUCAUCCUCCCGACCAUCACGUCGUGUUACGAGUGCUCCUUGUUGAGCUUACAUUCAGACAAGAAGCUCGACACUGAUGACCCGGACCACAUCGAGUGGCUGUUCCAGAAGGCGUCUGCGCGUGCUGCCGAGUUUGCGAUCGAGGGCGUGACCUGGCAACUUACGCAGGGCGUCGUGAAGAACAUUAUUCCCGCGAUCGCGAGCACGAAUGCGAUCAUUGCUGCGUCGUGCUGCAACGAGGCGUUCAAGAUCGCCACCUCGGCUGCGCCAUAUCUGAACAACUACAUGAUGCGUCCCGACUGCCCGGUGUGCGGCGGUGAGAGCGUCACGGCCGAGGUUGGAAAGGACUGGACGCUCGAGAAGCUCGUCGCCUGGAUCGAGGACAGGCAGGAGUUCCAGAUUAAGCGCCCCUCGCUCGCGUACUCUGACGGACGCCCUUUGUUCUUCCAGGCCCCGCCCCCACUGUUCGAGCAGACCAAGGGCAACCUCGAGAAGCUCGUCUCGGACCUCGUUCCCGAGGGUGAGGACAUUGUGGUGACAGACCCGGGACUGCCCUUCAACCUCUCCGUCACGGUCAAGUAUGUCUGA